AUGUCAAAACAAAUUAAACAACUGGGCGAGGACAUCUGGAAGACAAAGGUCGACAAGGUGAACUCGGAGCUGUUCACACUGACGUACGGGUCGAUCGUCGCGCAGCUGUGUCGCGAUUUCAACUACAAUUACGAGGAAGUAAACGCACAGACGUUUCGCAUGGGUUACAACAUUGGGGUUCGGCUGAUUGACGAGUUCCUACAAAAAACACAACUUCCACGGUGCAGUAACUUCCGCGACAUGGCCGAGGUGGUGUCGAAGGUCGGGUUCAAGAUAUUUUUGAACAUUGUGCCGACGGUGACGAAUUGGUCUGCGGACGUGUCGACGUUCAGCCUGGUGUUGACGGAGAACCCUCUGGCCGACUUUGUGGAGCUACCGGACGACGGCAAAGCGACCAAGGAGCUGUGGUAUUCCAACAUCCUUUGCGGAGUUCUACGUGGAGCGUUGGAGAUGGUCCAACUGGACUGCGAGAUCGCGUUUGUUAGUGACGUGCUACGGGGAGACGAGACUACAGAAAUGCGCGUGCGACUGGUGCAGGUGCUGAAGGACGAGAUUCCUGCGGGCGACCAGUGA